CCACGGAAAUGUUUUUUGAGCGACAAAGGUGUCGUGCAAUCGGGCUCUGCUUAGUACUCGAGUUGUACAAAUUGAUGGCGCAGGUGUUCAAUCGGCUUUUUAUGUUUGCCAUUCUCUCUUUAGUCGCCACUUCUCCGUCCUAUCGCAGUGUGGAGACGGGGAGGGAGUUAGGGUUACUAAGGCCAGUCUUCUGUCAGCUAGAAGGGAACAACAGUAUGGUGCCUUAACGGCUGUUUGUUUACCUAACGAAGGAAAGGACUUCGAAGAAACAACAGCUCUUAUCUACAUUCACCUGUACAUAACCUACUCUGCGAGAAAAAAAAUAUUUUUUACUUUUACUCGGCUUGGCAUGUAAAUGGUCUAUGUACUGAUGUGCCAGUGUUACAAAUGGAAAGGGAGUUUCACUUUGGGAACGUGAGCAUAUCCCUAGUGCUCAUGUUGUUGUUGAGGGCUCUGACUGGGACUUGUCCGACUCUAAGCUUAGCCGCCGGGAGAGAGCACCAACCCGCAGCCGCACUGGGGUCACACACAGCCGGGGAAGAUGGAACCGAAGGGCUCUUGGUGGAACGGGGCUUGGAAAGUAUCGGCGGUCCUGUUCCGGUUGUUAUCGGGGACGUGACCGUGGAGGAUCAUGAUGAUGAGAGCGGGGCGACCGGGGAGGGCGAGGAGCCGUACGGAGAAAGUAACGGCAACAUCAAACCCACACGCUCUCUGGUGAUCAUCAGCACUCUAGACGGUCGUAUCUCAGCUCUGGACCCCUACAACCAGGGGCGCAAACAGUGGGACCUGGACGUAGGCUCAGGAUGUCUGGUCUCAUCCAGCCUCAGCAAACCAGAGGUGUUUGGUAAUAAGAUGUUCAUCCCAUCGUUGGACGGAGCGUUGUUCCAGUGGAAUAGAGACAGGGAGAGCAUGGAAGCUGUUCCCUUCAGUGUCGAGUCUCUCCUGGAGUCGUCCUAUCGUAUCGGGGAAGACACUGUCCUGGUGGGGGGCAAGAGUCUCACAAGCUACGGUCUGGGAGCCUACAGCGGCAAGCUGAGAUAUAUCUGCUCAGCAGUUGGCUGUAGCCGCUGGGGGGAGGAGGAGACAGAGUCUGAGGAUGUGUUGCUGCUGCAGAGAACCCAGAAGACCGUCAGGGCCGUCCGACCACGCUCCGGCUUGGAGAAGUGGAACUUCAGCGUGGGGAACUUCGAGCUGAAGUUUGUUCCCGACAAACAGCUGACCAGCAACUUCCUGGAGGGAGAGAUGGCGAACGGCGAGGCCAUGUGGAAGGAGGAGCAGAGGAGCAGCGGGCAGAAGGUUAUCAUGGAGGAGACCACAGACAACCACAGACACACGACAACAGACACGCACACUGACACAUCUGGGACACCUGACCUGGUCAUCAAGGUGUCCGUUCCUGACUGGAAGGUGAUAGCCUUCAGCACCCAGCCUGGAGGACAGCUGGUCUGGGAACAGCAGUUCUGCACGCCCAUCGCCUCUGCCUGGUUGGUUGGCGGGGGGAAGGUGACGGCCAUCAGCCUGUUUGAUGACACGCCCUACAGCAGUCGCGCUGACGCGGAGGAGCAGGAAGAGGAGGAUGAGGACAUUAUGGAGGCUGCUCGGGAAGCUACUGAGUCCAGCGUAUACCUGGGUAUGUAUCAGGGUCAGCUGUACCUGCAGUCAUCCGUCAAGAUCUCAGAAAAGUUCCCAUGUAAAGGCCUAAACGGGCCUGGCCCAGACCCGGACACCAUCCCCACUAUCAGAUGGAAACCCCUCAUACAUUCUCCAUCUCGGACGCCUGUGCUGGUUGGUUCUGAUGAGUUUGACAAGUGUCUGAACAACGACAAGUUCUCUCAUGAAGAAUACAGCAACGGAGCUCUGUCUGUCCUGCAGUACCCAUAUGACAACGGGUACUACUUCCCAUACAGUAAGCGUUACCGUGGGCGACGUGGCGUGGCGGAGGUGUCUCUGCUGAAGGGUGGUGGUGCGGCGGAGAAGAAGAGGAGGAAGGAUCCGGUGCUGUUACUGCCCUGGUGGAAAGAGAUUCUAGGGACCAUGGUCUUCUGUAUCGCUGCUACCACCUACAUAGUCAGGAAGUUUUUCCACCCCCCCGCCCCUGUGGCAUAUAUACGGCAACGCAAGGAGUCGGAGACUCAGUGUCAGACCGACAGCAAGUAUGACCUUGAGGUGGCCGAACCCAAAGAGAUAGUUGUCAUGGAGACCCGCUCAAGUGAAUAUGUGUCCAGGUACCUGACUGACUUUGAGCCGGUUCAGUGUCUGGGUAGAGGCGGGUUUGGGGUCGUGUUUGAGGCCCGGAACAAGGUGGAUGACUGCAACUACGCUAUCAAGAGGAUCCGCCUGCCCAACAGAGAGCUAGCCAGGGAGAAGGUGAUGCGAGAGGUGAAGGCUCUUGCCAAGCUCGAACACCCAGGGAUCAUCCGUUACUUCAACGCCUGGCAGGAGAGCCCCCCAGAGGGCUGGCAGGAGGGCCAGGACCAGCGCUGGCUGGAGGAGAGCACUACCGACUGGCCACAGAGCUCCCCCGACCACAUGGAGGUGCUGUCUGUCAAAGUGCCCAUCUCUUCUGUGUCUGGGCUGGGCGGGGCCUUCAUCACUGACCACGACCAAUCCAUGCUCUUCAGCUCCGCAGGCGGGGCCAUGGGAUUUGGAGGCGGGUCUGACCUCCCCUUCCCACUGCUGAAUGGUCAGGACAGUAUGAUGUCAGAGCUGGAUAGCCAACCAGACCCGGAGGCCUCGGCUUCAGACACGCCCCACUCCUUUGAGCUGUGCCCCCCCCGCGGCCCCAGCGACUGCACCUCGUCCUCUUUCGACAUCGUGUUCGAGGACUCAGGCUGCGACCGCGACGCCGACCCCGACCCUGAGGUCACGACCCCCUCAGGAGCCUCUGGAUUGGCCAGUCCCCCGCUCACUGAGAAGGCUAGCUCCUCCUCCUCCCACACCAGAGGAGCAGACCCUCUCCCCGUACCCACCAUACCCUCCUCUCCCUCUAUCCCUUCCUCCUCCUCUCCUCCACGCCCCACCUCCCUCUCCCUCUGCCUUGUCCCCAGCCCCUCCCGGACCCCCCCAGCCCCGCGGCCCCAGCCCUCUCCUAAGGUGUACCUGUACAUCCAGAUGCAGCUGUGUCGUAAAGACACCUUGAAGGAUUGGAUGUCUCAGAGAUGUCUGCCUGAACAAAGGGAACAUUCUCAGUGUCUGGGCAUAUUUCUGCAGAUCUCAGAGGCCGUUCACUUCCUCCACAACAAGGGCCUGAUGCACAGAGAUCUCAAGCCCUCCAAUAUCUUCUUUACAGUGGAUGAUGUGGUGAAGGUUGGAGACUUUGGUCUGGUGACAGCCAUGGACCAGGAAGAGGAUGAGGAUGAACCAGGACCCUUGACCCCCAUGCCGAGCUACGCCCGUCACACCGGACAAGUUGGCACCAAACUAUACAUGAGCCCAGAACAGUUGUCUGGUAACCUGUACUCUCACAAAGUGGACAUCUACUCUCUGGGUCUGAUCCUGUUUGAACUGCUCUGUCCCUUCAGGACACAGAUGGAGAGAGUCAGGACUCUGACUGAAGUCCGAGGGCUGCAGUUUCCUGCUGUCUUCUCCAAGAACAACAUCCAGGAGCUGGGCAUGGUUCGUAGCAUGUUGUCCCGUAACCCGGCCGAGCGUCCCGAGGCCGCUGACAUCACAGAGGAGCCUCUGUUUCAGGAACUGGAAGUCCCGUGUCGCCAGGCGGUCCGACAACGAUCCCGGACAUACAGCGCCUCGUCUGCUGGAUGGCCUGCACGUACCUCUACUGCUUCCUCCUGAACACACACACACACACACACACACACACACACACACACACACACACACACACACACACACACACACACACACACACACACACACACACACCAGUCUCCUCUGCUCCCCCAUCACACCAGUCUACUGCCUGACGUAUAUUAUAUGUAAUUGUCUAUGAAGAGCAGUUGCUGAAGAUACCAUUCAGUCAGUCAACUCUCCACAACUCUCCCUUCUCCCUCCUACACACCACCAAAGAGACCCUGUAUGACGUCUGUCUCUCACAUCGUUCCCACCAGUAACCUACUACUGUAUCCAUCUCUCCCUCGUGCUGAACCCUGUACCAUAUCUACAGGACACCCUGUCCUAACAUGAAUGUCCUUAACAACUCGUAACUGGUACUGAGAACUGGAGGCUGAGAACUGGAGGCUGAGAACUGGAGGCUGAGAACUGGAGGCUGAGAACUGGAGGCUGAGAACUGGAGGCUGAGAACUGGAGGCUGAGAACUGGAGGCUGAGGCAGACAUGCCUGACUUGGGAGAAAAUCAUUUUCCUGCUUGUUCUGUUUGAGAUAAUGAGAUGUCUUGCUUAGGCCUUAAGAGGUUUGGGAGGUGUUUAACUGCCUUGGGGGUUUGGGAAUGAGAGGAGGGGGUUUGGGAAUGA